AUGUCUCUCGUCAGUGCUACUGUCACCGCUACCACCGAGCAGCGUUCACUUGAAGUGAGUCUCGCUCUCCAAACCUCUUCUAUCUCUUCCCCUUCGCGGCCGAGGGCUCGAUCCAUCCGUUGGGACCCUAAAGUGGACCACCCACCCACUUCUUUGCCCGAAAACCAAGGAAGAAGCCGUAGAGGCUCUUAUCCUUCUCCUUACGCUAAUAAUCUCCGUUCGAGUCGAACUCGUUCUUCAUCCGCUCCUCCUUCUCCUUCUUCACCCAUUUCUCCUUCGCCUUCAUCCAUUCAUCCUUCUCCUCCUUCUCCUUCUCAUUCUAUUGAAUCCAGGAAUCCACCUCUUUCGUUUGAAAACAGUGCACGAAGGAGCGUUCCUUGUCCUUCUCCCCAUGCCAAUAACAAUGUUUGUUCUUCUACUCGUUCGCCUGCUGCCCCUUCUCCUUCCAUUGAACGCAGGGAUCCACCCACCCCUUCGUCCAAAAGCAAAGGACGCAGAUCGGUCCCUCAUCCUUCUCCUUUUUCUAACAACUUCCGUUUCUCCACUCGCUCCUCAUCUGCUUCCCUUUCUCCUUCCAUUGAAUCCAUGGAUUGUACUCCUCCUUCCCCCCUCCUCACAUCAGAGACGUCAGGACGUCUCUGUGCCCAGUACCUCUACGCCUCCUUAGGGCCCGUACUCCCUUCUCCUCCCUCCUCUUCUCUUUCCUCUUCUUCUCCUAACCAAAACCCUCUCAGUCUCCCCCUCGAUCAAUACAUCUCUCACCUCAUCUCCCACACCCACUUCCCCUUCUCCAUCGUCCCAUGCACGCUCAUCCUCGUGCGCAACCUUCGUAAAUCGUUCCUCGCCGACACGAAGCGAAACAAACAUGUCGCAUGUGUGAUCGACCCACACAAGUUGUGGGUCGGCUUGUCCAUCGCCGCUGCGCAGGCGCAUUGUCCUUACAUCUCUGAUGUGAAGGAUUUGCGGUGUUGGACUGCAGUGACGGGGAUCCCGAUGAAGGAUAUGGGGAGCGUCGCGAGGGCGUAUAGGGUUGUGAUGGGACGAGAUGCGGUUUUUGAUGGGCGGGAGGUUGAGAGGAUGACGCAGGAACUGCUUGGAAUGCAUCCAUUGCAUCGUGUUCCUGUUUCUUAUCAUACGCUGCUGGCGCGUAUUCUCACUCGAUUUCUUGAUCCUUUUUGGGGAUACACAAGGAUUUUACAACAACAAAUCACUAACAACCUUUUGCACGUUCCUCCUUCUCUGUAG